AUGCAAAGUAUCUACUCUGCAAUUUGUGGAAAUGAUUACUCUAUUAUUAGUAAAAAUGAUCACUCUGCCAUUAGUGAAAAUAAUUGCUCUGCUAUUAGUAAAAAUGAUUGUUUUGCUAUUAGUAAAAAUUAUCACUCUGCUAUUAGUGAAAAUGAAAGUAAAAAUUCUGAAAUAACUAUCAUUAGUGAAAGCCAUGAAACCACUGUGACUAAUAUUAAUAAAAGUUCUAAA